CGCCCCCGCCCCCCGCGCACAGCGUUCUUCCCGGAUCGCUGCCGCCUCCCGCCGCUGCUGGUUCCGCGGGGCGCGUGAGCGGGCGGGCGGCGGGGGCGGACCCUCCUGGUGCGGCCCGACAUGUCGGUGGCGUUCGCGGCCCCGAGGCAGCGGGGGAAGGGCGAGAUCACGCCGGCCGCCAUCCAGAAGAUGUUGGAUGAAAAUAACCAUCUUAUUCAGUGUAUAAUGGACUAUCAGAACAAAGGAAAGACGUCUGAAUGCUCUCAAUACCAGCAGAUGCUGCAUACAAACUUGGUUUACCUAGCCACUAUAGCUGACUCCAACCAGAACAUGCAGUCUCUACUACCAGCACCACCCACACAGAAUAUGCCUAUGGGUCCGGGAGGGAUGAGUCAGAGCGGCCCUCCCCCACCUCCGCGCUCCCACAACAUGUCUUCAGAUGGUAUGGUAGGUGGGGGCCCUCCUGCACCACACAUGCAGAACCAGAUGAACGGCCAGAUGCCUGGACCCAACCAUAUGCCUAUGCAAGGACCUGGACCUAACCAGCUCAACAUGACAAACAGUUCCAUGAACAUGCCUUCAAGUAGCCACGGGUCAAUGGGUGGCUAUAACCACUCAGUGCCAUCCUCCCAGAGCAUGCCAGUGCAGAAUCAGAUGACUAUGAGCCAGGGGCAGCCGAUGGGCAACUACGGUCCCAGACCAAACAUGAACAUGCAACCAAACCAAGGUCCAAUGAUGCACCAGCAGCCUCCCUCCCAGCAAUACAACAUGCCCCAAGCAGGUGGCCAGCACUACCAGGGGCAACAGCCACCUAUGGGGAUGAUGGGCCAAGUUAACCAAGGAAAUCACAUGAUGGGUCAGAGACAGAUUCCUCCAUACAGACCGCCGCAGCAAGGCCCACCACAGCAGUACUCAGGCCAGGAAGACUAUUAUGGGGACCAAUACAGUCAUGGUGGACAAGGUCCUCCAGAAGGCAUGAACCAGCAAUAUUACCCUGAUGGUCAUAAUGAUUACGGUUAUCAGCAACCGUCGUAUCCUGAACAAGGCUACGAUAGGCCUUAUGAGGAUUCCUCACAACAUUACUACGAAGGAGGAAACUCGCAAUAUGGUCAGCAGCAAGAUGCAUAUCAAGGACCGCCCCAACAGCAGGGUUAUCCACCACAACAGCAGCAGUAUCCAGGCCAACAAGGCUAUCCAGGACAACAGCAGGGUUAUGGCCCCUCCCAGAGUGGUCCAGGACCUCAGUAUCCCAAUUAUCCACAAGGACAAGGCCAGCAGUAUGGGGGAUACAGACCCACACAGCCUGGGCCACCACAGCCACCACAACAGAGGCCUUAUGGAUAUGACCAGGGUCAGUAUGGAAAUUAUCAACAGUGAAAAAAUACUCACAUUCCGGUAGGCAAUAUCUAUUAGCAGCCAUAUUAUCUCCUCAGCACUGUGGACAUCUUCCUGAGAUGAGAACCUCCCAUUCCAUCUAGCUUUUGGAAAAAUCUUGUGGCUGUUUUAUGGUAUACAGUCUUUAUGGGUUAAUUGUUAAAGACUGUAGAUUCUCAGAAACUGGUUUCACAUCUCUACUCUAGAUGGCAAUAUUGGACAGAAAAUAUGUGACAUAACAAUAUGCAGCGAGUUAAGAACUGUGUGUCAAAUAGACUGUUACAGACCGAAAGGUGCGAACAGCUUUGUAUGUUUAUGAAGGUUAUGGGAAUUUAAUAUUUUUUCCACAGAUUUUUUUUGUAGGGGGAAAGGGGAAAUGCACACUUUUUACAGCAGCAAUAUUUUGUAUAUUAUGUUUUUCAUGUGGUGAAUAUGCAAGACAGUACACUACUCACUGGGCAGGAUAAGAAAUCUACUGUUAAAAAUGGGUAAAGGCAUGAUAAAUGCUUGAUUGUAUAAGUCUCGAAAUGGUGUACAAUAAAGACAGUGAAAAAAGAUGGAGAGCAUCAUACGUCACUGAUAGGCUCAUGUGCAAAAAAUCCCAGUUAUCUAAAUGGGAACAUAAUUAAGGACAGUAUAAUAUAGUCUUGUGCAAAGAUUAAUUUUUUAAGCUUUCCAAUUUUUCUGAGUGAAGCAUUUUUGUAAAAAUUAUUUCUAACAUAGUUUGACAAUUUUCUGCAACAUUUUUUGGGUAACAAGAUAAACGUUUGGGUUUUAUUUCUCAAGUGUUUUGUCACAGCUUUGCAUAAGCAAGCUAUAAUCCCUCUUAUUAAUUGCAAUAACAAAGAAAAUGACAAGUGUUAAUUUUACUUGGCUUGAAUAUGCAAAGAACUUGAAAAAGAAUAUGGAGGACAGGACUGUAUUGUAUAAGUGUAUUUUAACCUUUAGUUGAAUAAUUUGUAUGUAUCAAAAUAGCCUAGAAGACUUUGUAAAGCCUAUCUAAACUUCCCUAACUAGGAGUUAAUAUCUUUAGAAAGGGGGCAUUUUUUUGUGCGUGUCCAUUUUUCUUAUUGGUUAACAUGAGACCAAGGGAUCUUUUAUAACAUCAAAUGUAAAACCUGUUGGUGAGGUAAAUGCCAGAUUUUGUUUUGAACUGCAUUAAUGCUUCUAGUGUUGCAUGUGAGAUAGAGGCAGCACCUUGAUCAAUAGCAUAGUACACAAAAAUUUGGUUUUGAGAGGGUCCUGCAACUAUAUGUCAGAUAACUAAAUUGAUAUUCUGAUGUGCAGGAAUAUAUACAUUCAGGAAUUCCUGGCAACUUUUAUAAAGGACAAAACUUAAAAUUGGCCCGGUAGUUUUUGUUUUUGUUUUUUUUUUUUCAGUUGGCCAUCAUGUUUGUUGAGGGGGGGUGGGGAAUAAAAACAACUGGUGUUCAUAAUAUAUAUGACUAUUAUACGUGGAAGACAAGAUUUUAAAUUUGCUCAUCAUUUUUCAAGGGAAAACACUUUUCUUAAAGUCGGUAGAAAACACACAUCAAGGUUUGAACAGAUACGGCAUGAGAAGCAUUGUUAUGAAUGAAAUGCUUGUAGGUUCUGUGCCAAUUUUCCACCACUGUGUACUUCAUUGGUAUUUAAAACUGUACUCCAUCAAUUCUAACGAAAGAAUAAAUUAUUUGUGAUUUUAA